AUGAAACCUUUAGAAGAGGAAACUACAAAAAGAACACAUUUAGAAUAUCGAUACGAAGAAUCUCGUAGAGCAUCAUUGAUUCUUUCUGAUGAUGAUAUGAAAAAUCCAUCAACGUCACGUGAUUUUUCAAACGAUGUUUCCCGCCGUUUUAAAACAACGUGUAAUACAGAUGAAGAUAUCGAAACGAAAAUUAAAGAAAAUGAUAAUAAAAAACAGCAGCAACAGCAGCAACCGUUUGAAAAAAUGUUUAAAGUAAUACGAAGACCGUCAUUAGUUGGGAUGGAAAUGUUUGGUAAUUUUAAUAAAAAUUCUUCCAUUUCUUCUGCUACAUCUUCUGCUUGUUCUCCUCUCGUAAAAGGAAAUCAAACAAACAACAAUCAAGGACGAAAAGUUUCAAACGUAAAAAUUUCAAACGGAUGUAAUACAUCAAAACCGGAAACGAGUUUUUUAUUACACGUUGAACAAUCGAAACAAGUAACGACGACGGAUUCGCAAAAAAGAUUUAUUAUAAGACGACCAUCAGGUGCGAUAACUUUUAAUCCGGAUCAAAUAAAUAUCCAUCAAAAAAAAUACAUAAUAGGACUGUUACAGAGAAGUAAUAAUUCAUUACCGGAACUUUGGAAAACCGGAAAUCAAUUAUUAAAAAAUAAAAAAAAUAAAAAAAAACCAUGCACGGAUGGAAACGAUGCUUACAUGUCGGCCAUGUCAGCACUUUAUGCGAAUUUACUUUGCGUACUCGGUAUUGCUUUCCCGGUGACGGAAGUACUUUCACCGCAAGUAUCCACACAUUUUUAUCAAGCUUAUUAUUUAUAUCUUUAUAUUGGUAGCAUUGUUUACAUGACUUUUAUGUACUGCACACUGUUAAAAGAUAGAACCGUGCAUAAAAUUCUAGAAACGUCUACGAACGUGGCAGAAGACGAAAAUGAGAAAAAAAACGAAAAGGGAACAACACGUACCACUUUUACACCAGCACGUUAUGGAAGUUUUUACCUACGUUUGGGUGCUGUCGCUUUCGGUAUCGGUAGCAUGGUGUAUUCCGGUUUAGAAUUUGGUGAAUAUUUCGAAUUGAAACAAGAUGGAAGUUGUCAUAACAUAAUACAAGCCGUCACACCAGUUUCGAGAAUGAUAUUAACUUUGAUUCAAAUGCAAUUUAUAUUUCUCAGCAGCAAAAAAAUGGAAAUGUCUAAAUAUCGUGGAAUAACAAAAUUCGGUUUGAUGCAUAUGGUAGCAACAAAUUUAUGCGAAUGGUUAAAUGUUAUAGUGGAAGAAACAAAACAUGAAAUAAUACAUUUGGGUCAUUUGGAAGAUAAUUAUUACCAAGGUAAAAACAAAAAAAGUCUCCAUUAUUUAUUUAUUUAUUUAUUUAUUUAUAUUUGUUUAAAAAAAAAAAAAGGUGAUAAACAAUUUUUAACGACGAGAGAUUCCGCGGAUAUUCAUGAUAUUUACGAAUGUCGAAGAGCUAAUAUAAUGGGAUCCCUCGUACAAGACACGAGUCCUUUUUUAUUUCCAUGCACCAUUGAAUACAGUUUGAUUUGUGCUGUUAUAUUAUACGAAUUGUGGAAAGACGUUAAAAAAGUACCAGGAGAUGAUAAAAAUAUGGAGAACGAGGAAAACGCUCAUCAUGGCGAAAUUGAAAAAUCAAAUCAUUUUCUAUCCGUCGAUUGUUCUUCUGCUCACAAAGGUUUAUUUUCUGGUAUUCUCGUGCUCGUCAUGACAAUAAUAAGUUUGAUUAUGUUUUUCGUCAUGACGAAAGAUCCGAUUUAUCAUAAUUUGGCGGGUUACGAAGUCAACGUGUGCGAACUCAUUGUUUAUUGCGUGACGACAAUUUCCGUUAUUGUCGGUGGAUGGCAAAUGAGAUAUUUUAAAUAUAAAUUAAAUAAUAGAAUUCACGAAGGUAUCGGACUCGAUAAUAUUUUACUUAUGUGGGCUCAAACGGGAACUUACAUAUAUUGCAUGUUUUCUAUAAUCGCCUGUUACUUUAUGAUCGAUCAUAACGCGCCAGGAGGUUUGAUAACGGAAUCGUGCGCUCUCAUACAAACAACGUGUCAAACUGCGUUCAUAUUGGAUGCAACGUUCAGGAGAACGAAUUCGUUGGAAGAACAUAAAAAAAAACGAGGACGUCAAAUCGUUACUUUUUUACUUGUUGCCAACAUGACGUUAUGGUUAUUGAACACGUUUCAAAAAAAUAAAGCCGAAUUUCAUCCGACUCAUUUAGAAUUUUACGGUGUUUGGGCAUGGACAAUAAUCACACACGUUUCAAUGCCUUUGGCUAUUUUUUAUAGAUUUCAUUCGACUAUUUGCCUUUUUGAAAUAUGGAAAAACGUUUAUAAAUUUAAACAAAAUAAUAAUUACGUUUGA